GAAACUAAUACUUGAAUAGUUAUUUCCGGGAUGACAUUGCAUCAUAACUGAACGAAACCUGAAUCGUAACUCAAGCCUGUCUCCGGCAGGCGAUUUGUUGUUGCUCCCAUCAGUACAUGCACAGCUGUGAAGAAAAAAUUCUAACUUGCCCAUACUUACAAAGGUAAGCCUAUGUGAAAGACUUCACAAACGCCUUCGUUAUUAAAACAUCAAUGAAAAUUAAUUAAGAAGGCUUGGAUUUUCCAUUCCAUUAAAUAGGUUAUCGUUAAGGGCUUCGAGGAAAGAAAGGUCUUUCUUUUUCUUGUCCAAACUUGAAUUGCCUGUGAGUGACUGAUUCAUCUGAAAAGUUUGUUAAUUUCAAAACAAUCGAAUCGAAGUCUUGAUACGAUUUAUCUGAUUAAUCAAUCACGCGACUGGAAAACAAAGGGAAAACAUCGAAAUUUAAAAGUACGUUGAAUGUGUACUGCCUAUUUUGAGUCCCAGGCUAGCAUUUAAAUGCAACCCUCUAGUGCGAAAAAGUUAUCGCCUCAUGUUGCUGUUGAUUAAUGCUAGAAAUUUCAACUUAACUUAAUUUCAUGCUUAAAGCUCUAUGGGAAAAACGAGCAUGUGCCUCAGAAUAAAUAUUAUGCUUUUAGUUGCAACUAUUAAUGUUCUUACGACUGAUUGAUUACGGCAGUUCCAGGUGGGGCACGGUUUUGAAAUUAAUCUGCUCCCCGAUCGGUAUAACAAAAGGCGAUCAUCUAUUCAGUAGCUGAGCUGUAAACUCAUCUAUGAUUUUCAGUAUCAAGACAAGUUGUUAGUUUGCCUUUGUUUACUUUCUAGAUGUGUGCUUACGCAUAUAGCGUGAAAAUGUUAAUAAACUUAAGUAGCGAGUUUAUACUACAGCAUACUAAUGAUCAGCAUUAAUUUUUUUUCUAUUUUUAGAUUUUCGUAAUGUAGUGUCACAUCCUUAAUUCCUACUGGCUGCCAAAGUACUGUCGCGCUCUUUUACACUUAUAAGCAAUACUGUCGCAGACUGAAGUUAACGUGUGAGAUGCCGAAGAUAAAAUAGAUUACUUCAUCUGUAAGACUUGCUUUUAGUGAUCCACAGUUCAUUCAGCAAUGGCAGUUGCUCUAGACCCCAAAGAAGUGCUUCGUUCAACGGAAGGAAAAGAUAAUUUUCAACGCCUCACAAGACUAUUGAUGGGUGGCGGCGCCAGCCUGUUUAGGGAAAUUUUUGACGUUUAUUGUCCGCCAAGCCAGCUUCCCUCAAUACUUAAGAUGCCUACUACAUGGACUAAGCUACUCAAAGCAAAACUCAUCAAACCACAGUGGGACUGUCUACAUCCGUCCUCUGGCGUUUACGGCAAGUCAACAGACUUUGAUGUUACCCUGCUGUUCCGGUUGCUGAGGUCAAUAUGCGGCCUGACCCCUCCUGCCAUGGGAUGGGAUGCUCUGCCAGUGAGUACAGACCACAGUCUAACGGCAGAUUUAGUCAGAAUAAAAUACUACCGAAACUCGAUUUACGGUCAUAAAAAAAACAUGGAGAUCUCAAAGGAGGAGUUUGUACGACUUUGGCAAGAGGUUAGUGAAGCCCUUGUACGGCUCGCAAAAAGCAUUAGUCCUGAGAAGGAAACUCAGUGGACAAAAGCCAUUAAUGACUUUUUGAGGGCUCCUCUCACAGAAGAGGACAACAGAAAUGUUCAAGAAUUGGAGAGGUGGUAUACAAAUGAUAUGGAGGUCAAAACAUGCGUUCAAGAACUAGAACUAAAAAUUGAUCGUUUGGAGAAGACGGUCAAUGAAAUGCCACAGCUGAUUAAAGAGACACGACAAGAAAUCUCGCAAGGGCUCAAAGACUUGCGAAAGGCCCAAGAAGAAAUAGCUCCACAGUUAAGCACUCCGGUUUGCUUCCCAGGAGACAAAUCCAGGUCCUUGUCUCACCGUUCUCCGUUAACUGGUGGUAGGUGAUCAAUAUUUUCUUAACGUUUUAGACAUUUAGUAGAAACACAAGGAAACCUUUCUGGACAAUUUAUUCUCUGUCUUCGCUGCUGAAAAAACAAAUUUUUUCUCAGUACUCUCUUCUUCUUUCUUUAGAAUAUACUUUUACUAGUUUUAUCUAUUUAAAGGAGAAAAAGGGCUCCGUCGGUUCUUGUUACCAAGAUGAUCCAUCCAACUAACAUAUAUGUAACUAAACCUUUAUAUGGCUGUUGUUUUAGACAUUUUUCAACUUCUGAGUCUGCGAAAAAAGGAAGAUAUUAUUUAACAACUUGGUCUCUAAACCUAACAAAUAAUUUCCUUACAGCUCCAUUACGAAUGCUUAUUGACUGUGAAACCACAGAUUCUAACACCCGCACGCAAGAAGUUACAAAGAUUAAUAAAAGUUCACAGGAACCCCAAACAGUGCCGGAGCAAGUGGCGUCGAUACCAUUUGGUGUCUGCUCAAGUCGAUCACAAGGACCACAAGCAGAAAUCGAUACAAAUAAUCUUCCCAUCGAAGGAGAGAGAAAAGGAGAAAUACCCUUGAAUGAAGAUAUGUUGAAUGUAAUUGCUUUUAACUACAGCUUUCAGCAUGCUGGUCCAUCUGAGGUGGAAGAAACAGAGGGUGUUUAUCGAAAGUAUCUUGAAAACGUGCGCGAAAUUGACUCUCAAAUACAAAGCUUUCGUUCAACAAUUACAUUGGAAUGUGGAACCCUCCAGUUUCUGGAAGAGCUGUGGUUAGACUAUUCAAAAGGCCAUUUAAACGAAAUGGUGCGGACUUUACUCGUGACAAAAGGAAUAUUGAAAGAUUUCGGCCUCGCAACGGUAAAGCUUUACAUCACUAUUAUGGACGAGGAAUACAGAGCUUGUCGAGAAUACUUAUUGAACCGAACAGGUAUGUCUUCACAUGUGAUUCCUACAUGGCCAGUUCCGUACGGCUAAGUUUCAUUCUUUCGGAAUUAGCAGCGUUCAGGAAUUAGGCUCGCUAUACUAUGAUGAAAAUAAAGCCUGCCCCCGCACAAAUGUCACGUAGAACACAAUUUAUCCGUGUGAAUAAUAAAACAAUAGAAAAAUAAACUGAUCGACAAAUACGUAACAGUAAUAUUCCCCAUAAUAAGUAAAAAGUUAAGAACUAAAAACUUAAUACAAGUUACUGAUUAAAAUGUUAAAAUGUCAGAUAGAUUAAAAUAUAAAAAGCUAUAAAGUAUCUAAAAUACUCAGCUUUUAAUGUUCUGUUUAAAAAGAAGAAGGGGGUUAAUUUCUUUAUAUAAAAGAUGCGUCUCAAAAAGAGAACAAGAGAGGAGGGGAGCUUUCUUACAGUCAUACGGGAAAUACGUACUACUGUCUCGCAUUUUGUCUCAGCAGAAGAACAACGAGAAAGAUUUAAAGUGGAAAAACAAAAGGAAAAAGAAUUCCUAGAGAAAGAAGAAGACGAAAUAGAAGAAGUUCUGGAAGGUGCCUCAGAAGAAGAACAACGAGAAAGAUUUAAAGUGGAAAAACAAAAGAUAAAAGAAUUCCUAGAGAAAGAAGAAGACGAAAUAGAAGAAGUUCUGGAAGGUGCCUCAGAAGAAGAACAACGAGAAAGACUUAAAGUGGAAAAACAAAAGGAAAAAGAAUUCCUAGAGAAAGAAGAAGACAAAAUAGAAGAAGUUCUGGAAGGUGUCUCAGAAGAAGAACAACGAGAAAGACUUAAAGUGGAAAAACAAAAUGAAAAAGAAUUCCUAGAGAAAGAAGAAGACGAAAUAGAAGAAGUUUUCAAUGACUGCUCAGAAGCUGAACGAAGACAAAAAAUUGAAGAAGAACUCAAUGAAAAAAAGGUUCAAAAAGAAGAAACGGAUAUAUUAUCUGACAAAGGCUUACAGGAAGAAAGCAAAGAAGAAGAAGAAGAAGAAGAAGAAGAAGAAGAUGAUGAUGAUGAUGAUGAUGAUGAUGACGAUGACGAUGACGAUGAAGAUGAGGACGGUGAUAGCGAAGAUGAUGACGAUGAAGAAGAUGGUGAUGACGAGGACAAUGACAAUGAUGAGAAUGAUGAUGAUGAUGAUGAUAGUGAUGAUGACGAUGACGAUGAUGAUGAUGAUGACGAUGAUGAUGAUGAUGAUGAUGAACAACAAGAAGAGGAGGAUAAGGAGGAACAGAUGAAAAAAAAGAAAGAGAGCAUAAAUCGAUGA